CCUGGCCGGGGUCCGGGACCGAGCAUCGCGGCGGCGCUCGCCCCGGACGUGGCUCGGGGAGGAGGUCGGGCCGCGCGAGCAUCCCUCCGGCCUGCCCUUCCGUGCGAGCCCGGAGGCCGCUCCGGGACCCGGACCGGCUCGCUCCCGCCGGAGCCCCCGGGACUGCAGUGCUGAGCGCCGGCCCCGAGUGCGGAGCGUUCCAGCUGCGAAGCGGUGCGCCCCGGCCGGGCGUCAGACCGGAUGAAACUCUCUGGACGGAGUUAGGAUCCCUGCUUUGUGACUGAGGAAACUGAGGCUCAGGGAGGUUGACCUACGUGCCCAAGGUCACACAGCCGCUGGGCAUCGGGCCGGCCGGGCCCAGGCUCAGACCAUGAAUUACGUCGGGCAGCUGGCGGGCCAGGUGUUUGUCACUGUGAAGGAGCUCUACAAGGGGCUGAACCCUGCCACUCUGUCGGGAUGCAUCGACAUCAUCGUCGUCCGGCAGCCCAAUGGGAGUCUGCAGUGCUCCCCUUUCCACGUCCGCUUCGGGAAGAUGGGGGUUCUGCGUUCCCGGGAGAAAGUGGUCGACAUAGAAAUCAACGGCGAAUCUGUGGAUUUGCACAUGAAGUUGGGCGAUAACGGAGAAGCGUUUUUUGUUCAAGAGACUGAUAACGAUCAGGAAGUGAUCCCCAUGUACCUGGCCACCUCUCCCAUCCUGUCAGAAGGAGCUUCGAGAAUGGAGGCCCAGCUGAAGAGGAACUCGGCAGACAGAGUGAGGAGCCUGGACCCCGGGACGCCCACCCAGGUUGUGUCCCCCAGCGAGACCCCGUCCAGCGGCUCCUUGGUAAAGAAGAGACGGAAGAGGAGGAGGAAGUCCCAGCUGGACAGCCUGAAGAGGGACGACAACACAAACACGUCCGAGGAUGAGGACAUGUUUCCCAUCGAGAUGAGCUCGGACGAGGACGCGGGGCCGCUGGACGGCAGCAGAACUCUUUCUAGUGACAUACCACCAUUCCAAGAUGAGGUUCCCAAGGAAAACCUCCCCUCGGUCUUGCCUUAUCCCCAGUCGGCAUCAUACCCCAAUUCAGAUCGAGAGUGGUCCCCCAACCCCAGCAGCCCGGUAGAUGGCAAAAGGACUCCCCCUCAUCUUGCAGCUGCGGCCGAGGGCGGCCUGUCUAGUUCCUGCCCUCCGCAGCCUUCCCACUUCCAUGCUUCGGAAAGUCCUUCAGGUUCCCGACCCUCAACACCUAAAAGUGAUUCAGAGUUGGUCAGUAAGUCGACAGACAGGUCAGCCCAGAAGAGUAACCUAGAAAUGCUCUGGCUUUGGGGAGAGUUGCCACAAGCAGCAAAGUCAUCUUCUCCACACAAGAUGAAGGAGUCCAGCCCUCUGAGCAGCAGAAAAAUUUGUGAUAAGACUCACUUUCAGGCCAUUCACAGCGAAUCUUCAGAUACCUUUAGUGACCAAUCACCAACCUUGGUCAGGGGGCCACUUUCAGACCAGAAUAAGCCUCCCUUGGAAAUGCAGUUUGUGAAUGAGGAAGACCUGGAGGCCUUGGGAGCGGCAGGCCCGCCCCUGCCUGUGGCUGAAGAGCUCAAGGCCCCCGCGGCCAGUGCAGCGCCCACAGCAAGCAAGAUGGACUCUCCUUCCAGGAAAAGGGAUAAACGAAGCAGACACCUCGGUGCUGAUGGCGUCUACUUGGACGACCUCACAGACAUGGAUCCUGAGGUGGCGGCCCUGUAUUUUCCCAAAAACGGAGACCCUCCUGGACUCGCCAAACACACCAGUGACAACGGAGCCCGGUCAGCCAAUCAGUCCCCACAGUCUGUGGGCAGCUCGGGCGUUGACAGUGGCAUGGAGAGCACCUCGGACGGCCUGAGGGACCUGCCGUCCAUUGCCAUCUCCCUCUGCGGGGGCCUCAGUGACCACCGGGAGAUCACCAAAGAUGCGUUUUUGGAGCAAGCCGUGACCUAUCAGCAGUUUGUGGACAACCCUGCUAUCAUCGAUGACCCCAAUCUUGUGGUGAAGAUCGGGAACAAAUAUUAUAAUUGGACCACAGCAGCACCUCUACUCCUGGCAAUGCAGGCCUUCCAGAAACCUUUGCCAAAGGCCACUGUGGAAUCUAUCAUGAGGGAUAAGAUGCCCAAAAAGGGAGGAAGAUGGUGGUUUUCUUGGAGGGGAAGAAACACCACGAUCAAAGAGGAGAGCAAGCCCGAGCAGUGCUUGGCGGGAAAGGGCCGCAGCACUGGAGAGCAGCCGUCGCAGCUCAGCGUGACCACCAGAAUAAAGCAUGAAUCAUCCUCCAGUGAUGAAGAGCACGCGGCUGCCAAGCCUUCCAAUGCGGGCCACCUCCCUCUUUUGUCUAAUGUCAGCUACAAAAAGACUCUCCGGCUCACGUCGGAGCAGCUGAAAAGCUUGAAGUUGAAAAAUGGCCCCAAUGACGUGGUUUUCAGUGUCACCACGCAGUAUCAAGGCACCUGCCGCUGUGAAGGCACCAUCUAUCUGUGGAACUGGGAUGAUAAAGUCGUCAUUUCUGAUAUUGACGGCACCAUCACGAGAUCAGAUACCCUUGGCCACAUUCUGCCCACACUCGGGAAGGAUUGGACCCACCAGGGCAUUGCGAAGCUAUACCAUAAAGUGAGCCAAAAUGGGUAUAAGUUCCUCUACUGUUCUGCACGCGCCAUCGGGAUGGCCGACAUGACGCGGGGCUACCUGCACUGGGUCAACGAGAGGGGCACUGUGCUGCCGCAGGGGCCGCUGCUGCUCAGCCCCAGCAGCCUCUUCUCCGCCUUGCACAGAGAAGUGAUUGAAAAGAAGCCAGAAAAGUUUAAAGUCCAGUGCUUGACAGACAUCAAAAACCUGUUUUUCCCAAAUACGGAACCCUUUUACGCUGCUUUUGGAAACCGGCCGGCUGACGUGUAUUCCUACAAGCAAGUGGGGGUGUCCUUGAACAGGAUCUUCACCGUCAACCCCAAAGGAGAGCUGGUGCAGGAGCACGCCAAGACCAACAUCUCCUCGUAUGUGAGGCUGUGCGAGGUGGUGGACCACGUCUUCCCGCUGCUGAAAAGAAGCCAUUCUUCAGACUUUCCCUGCUCGGACACUUUCAGCAACUUCACCUUUUGGAGAGAGCCACCGCCACCUUUCGAGAACCAGGACGUUCAUUCUGCCUCAGCGUGACGCACGCCACGCAGCCUCCGCGGUCGUGUGGGAGCCUGUCACCCAUUAAAGGAUGGGUUGUGGGGACCCUGGAGCGGCACUGGGAGCCCCCGCGUGCUCAUUUUCUUAGGACUGGGGAGCAUUUCUCCCCCUCCCCGCCCCCCGGGUGACGUUUCUAAGUACAUUAUGGAGGGUGGACCUUCUGGCCAGGAGUCGGGGUCUUCCUGGGGUGCCAGGCAUCCUGCUGUGGCCUGCUGCCCACAGCAGCGCUGUGCUCCCAGCCUGCUCCAGGGUCAGUGCUCGAUUAAUGUGCGGUAGGGGGCUGUGGUGCCCGAGCAGAGGGCACUGUCCCAGGGCUGUCCACUGAUGAGCUUCAGCUGAGGGGUGCCAGCUGUGCCUGGCUCGGGUCGUGAGGGGGCACACUUCCACGGCAUGACGUUUGAGAGGGCGGCGAAGGGUCACGUGACCGACCCGAGGUCUCCGGUGGAACCCGGCCCUCCUGGGGUCUGAACCUUGGCCAGGCCUUCGUCCUGGCCCAUGGAUGUUCCCUGGCAGCAUUUGCUGACUGGCCUCAUUUUUGGGUCAUGAGUUCUUGAUUCCUUUGGUCAGAGGCAGCCUGCACCUCCCCCAUUCUUUCGACUCCAGGCUGGGACAUGUUUGCCUUAAUGCGCCCGUGGGGGACAUUUUACUUAGAAUGCGCUGCCCAGCUCUCAGUGAUUUGUUUGCAUUGCCUUCAAGGAAAAUGCUAGUGACUUUUUUUACGGAGCAUUUUGAAUUGGUUCAACUUCCUGCCAGCACCCUUUACCCAGCGAGGUGGUGCAGGUAGCGGGCCCUGCAGGGCUUAUCCUGAGGAGUGAUGAUGUCCAGUUUUAGUGGGGGCUCAGAAGAAACUGGUUGGUUUAAGAAAAUAGUUUCAAGCGGUUAAAUUAUAUUCUUUGUAGGUAUUAUUUAUUACUUCACCCUGAUUGGGUUUCUGUUAUAAGCAUCCUAGCCAUAUUCUUUCAAUUACAUCUGUUAUUAAUACAUUAAAAAAUGAGUGUGCUAGACAUCCAAAGAGCCUUAUUCUGUGUAUCUCACCAACCAACCUUGUUUUGGAAAUUAUGAAUAAUUUAUUUUUCUUAGCUUUUUCCACUCAAAUGAAUGGUAAGGUUAAAAGUAAUAAUUUGAGUGACAUUCUCGAAGCCACAGAAGAUGGUUCUUGUUUAUUAACCUAGCUGAUGGAAAGAACAAUGUGAAAGAUGAAAGAAUUAUUUUGGUAAACUAUUUUGCUUUACAUUUUUGAAGUAUUAUUUUUUUAAGGAGUGUUUUACUGUGAUGACUGAAAUACUUUCCAAUUAAAUUUCAUUGUUAGAAUCGCAGGCUGCAAAGCAUGGAGCAGUUGAAGGAAAUGUUACUCUUUCUGUGAAAGAAAACCUGGGGUCCUCGCCUUUGUGGUGGUUGGUGGGCUGUCAGGGACGGGUGGCCCACUGAGCGGUGUGUGGGGAGGCGCAGGGUCUGGCAGCUCGUCCGCUGUGGAUCGCAGACAGCAUGGACAUGCAUGUGCACAUUCCCUUUGGAGGUCUUAAAAAUAAUUAAAAAUAGUCCUGCCUUAACGAACUCUGGGCUUGUUCUCUGCUGACCUUUAGAGGGCACAUAAUUCUGCCCCCGGGUAUGUGAAUGAAUUUCCAAGCACACCAGCCUGCAGAGACCCAUUGCUUUCUGCCUUGUGCCCUGUGGGAGCCUUGGCUGGAGGGGUGGAUGCAGCCUCCUCUGCGGCUCACCCUUCACCCACCUCUAUAGCUGCUCUCCAAGUGGCCUGAGAGCAUGUGACUCGGGACACUGAAUUCUGAAUUCCACCGAGUCCCAUCCUGAACCAGAGCACGCCCUCCACACAAUCACUCUGAGGUCUUGUCAAGUUCAGCGCGAGUCCCGGGUGGGCUGUACAUGAGCACCUGCCUUACAGCUUCUGCAGACAAGGUUUGUGCGUGGGCUGCAGCCAGGUGAGCUGGUUUAUCCCUGUGUACACUGUAACCUGCUGACCCCAGGGGCACGUGCUGGAAAGCUGUAUUUGGACCACACGUUUCAAAUGGGCCAUGGAAAUGAAUCACUCCAUCGUGUGAGGUCUCCAAGUGUCUGUCACACAUGAUGAAGAAAAAUAUAUGUAUCUGGAACGCUAGAGAAAAAUGGUUACGCCUUCACAAAGAAUUCCCCUUUUAUUCUGAGGUUCGGAUCACCGCUUUAUUUUAUUACAACAUUUGAUCUUGUUUGUAUGUGCUGGUGCAAUGGUGAAAAUCAGUGUAACACUUCAUUAUGUUGUGCUGGAUGCAAAGCUAGAAAUAUUGUAAUAAAUGAGAUGGAUGAAA